AUGGCUAACAUUGAAUUUGUUGAUCCUUUGCUAAUCAAAGAAGAACCUAUCGAAAAUGAAGAACAAUUAAAUACCGAAUUGACAUUUCUAAAUACCGAAUUAACUUGUGAAAAAAUAUUUACUAAAAAACUAACUUUAAUUGCACAUCAAACAAUUCAUACCGGAGAAAAAUCAUUUUUUUAUUGUGACGUGUGUGGUAAAAAAUGUAUCAAGAAAUCGGAUUUAGUUAGACAUUAUCGUAUGCAUACUGGCGAAAGACCUUUUCCUUGUGAUAUUUGCAAUAAAGCAUUUAAAGGAAAAUCCGAAUUAAAUAGACAUAGUCGUCUUCAUACAGGAGAAAAACCAUUUUCGUGUGAUAUGUGUGAAAAAACAUUUAAUGAUAAACAUUAUUUAGCAACACAUAGGCGAAUUCACAUUGAAGGAAAACCCUUUUUAUGUGGUGUUUGCGGGAAAUCAUUUGAUCGCCAAUCACAUUUAAUUCAGCAUGAACGAGUUCAUACUGGAGAAAAACCCUUUUCAUGUAAUGUUUGUGACAGGCAUAAACGAUCUCAUACUGGAGAAAAACCAUUUUCUUGUGAUGUUUGUAAUAAGAAUUUUGGAUAUAAAAACGAUUUAGUACGGCAUAAACGAAUUCACACUGGAGAAAAACCUUAUUCGUGUAACGUAUGUAACAAAAAUUUUAAUCAGAAAAGUACUUUAAAUAGUCAUAGGCGAAUUCACUAA